AUGACGUCACUGGUCAACUUUACCGUAACUGGCUAUCUGGAUGGAUACUGUAAUAUAAUUUGUUUAAGCAACACGACAUUUCAGUACCUGGGACACAUCAAGGUCCUCAACCUCAGCAACUGCCACCUACGUGGGGGGCACAUUGACAAGGAUGCCUUCACGCCUUUGGUGAGCCUGGAGAUGCUGGACAUCCACUACAACGAGGACAUUGGAAUCAAACACCUGCAGCAUAUCAUGCACGGGCUGAGGAACAACACGAACCUGUGGUGGCUGGACGUUAGCACCAUCGAGUGGCGCUACUCCACCGGAACUCAAGUCAAUGCCAGUCACGUGACCAACCUCCCCAAGUCCUUGACCACUCUCAAGGUCGCGGGGAACAGCAUUGAGAAGAUAGACAACGACACGUUCGACCAUCUUCCCCCAAACUUAACUCUUCUGGACAUCGGAAAAAACCGAAUCGUGUUCGGGGUUUUCCUUGAAUUUCUCCCAAAACUGACCAAACUCCAGACUUUACUGAUCAACGGCGAAGACUACCUCUACGAUAUUCCAACAUCCUACAAUAAAGAAUCCAUCAAACAUUUUCAUUCCCUCCUCAAGAGGAGAAGCGUUGGAGAUGACAACACGUUGGUAUUCCACCUCCCACCACAACUGUCCCGGAUAGAAAUGGUUAACGCGGAGUUGCAGUACCGUCUGUCACGGUUGACGAUAGACAGCAACAACUCCCUGACAGACCUUGUGUUGGACAGAAACUUUUUGCCUGAGCUGCAGGGUCCGUUCAUCGGCUUCAAUCAUUUGACCACCCUCAGUAUCCACUCGAGCUAUGUUAGUUCCCUGGAGUGGACGUUUUUCUCUCAUUUGCCGUAUUUGGAGCAUCUUAACCUCGGCGCAAACAUUCUUGGGGAUUUUUUUGACACACACCAUGAUGAGCUAAUUUUUUCCAACUCUACACAUCUGAAAACUUUAGAUCUUUCCUUUAACAACAUAUACAAUUUAAGUCUAGAUGCGUUUGUCGGUCUCGAAAAUCUUCAAGUUUUAGAUUUGUCAAACAAUCGUCUCUCUAGCUUUAAUGUAAACAUCACGUUUAUGAAUAAUUUGAGAGUAUUGAACCUUAGCCACACAUCAGUGUCUACACUCCCUGCUCUAGUCACCAACCAUAUUGACUCUCUCAUUAAAAAGCACGUGCCGAUACAAGUGGAAAUGUCCAACUGCCCUAUUCUUUGCACGUGUAUACAACUGCAUUUCCUAACCUGGAUGAUUAAUUCCCCUGCUUUUAAGUCGUUUGAUAACUACUACUGCGCACGUAACAACAUCUACACAAACUUGACCAACGGCUACAACAAAACCGUGGAGCUGCUGAACAAAGAGUGCGCAUCCAACGAGAAGCUCUUCCUGUUUGUUGUUGCCGCCACGCUGCUCGUGCUGUUUGCUCUCGUCGGUCUCAUGAUCUUCCGCUUCAGGUGGAGCCUGCGGUACCUGUACCACGCGGCGAUGCUGAACUUCCAUAGACGACACGAGACAAAAGGCAACACAUUUUACUAUGACGUUUUUAUCUCCUACGCCAACCAAGAUGAACGUUUCGUCCUGGAGGUUGUCGAGCCUGGUAAGUCUUUAAGAGAAAAUAAUGAUGAAACUUUUGGGGCAAUGCCUAGCGCUUUUCUCACAGAACUAGUAUUAAAUAAUUUUAAAUUUCAUUAUGGAAUAAGUCAGCGAUUGUUUUAA